GGGCGGGGCCGGGGCUGCGGCCGCACCUGGCGGCUCCGGGGCCCGGGGGAACGGCCCCACCACGUCGGAGCGAGCGGCGGCGGCGGCGCCAUGGCCGAGUUCCCGUCCAAAGUGAGCACGCGAACCAGCAGCCCGGCGCAGGGCGUCGGCGCCUCGGUGUGGGCGCUGCGCCCCGACCUGGCCUUCCUGCGCUCCAGCCUCGGGGUGCUCAUGCUGCUGCAGCUGGUGCUGGGGCUGCUGGUGUGGGCCCUGAUCGCCGACACGCCGUACCACUUGUACCCCGCCUAUGGCUGGGUGAUGUUCGUUGCGGUCUUCCUCUGGCUGGUGACAGUCGUCGUCUUCAUGCUCUACCUGUUCCAGAUGCACAUGAAGUGGUACACGGUUCCCUGGCCGCUGGUGCUGAUGGUGUUCAAUGUGACCGCCACGGUUCUCUACGUCACGGCCUUCAUCGCCUGCUCUGCCGCCGUGGAGCUGACGGCCCUGAAGGGUUCCCGGCCCUACAACCAGCGCGCGGCUGCCUCUUUCUUCUCGUGCCUGGUGAUGAUUGCGUACGGCGUGAGUUCUUUCUUCAGCUUCCAGGCCUGGCGGGGAGUGGGCAGCAACGCGGCCACCAGUCAGAUGGCCGGGGGCUACGCCUAAGCCCCCGAACCACGCGGCCCACCUGGGUGAAGGCUGCA